GAGAAAGCGAGAGCGAGAGCGAGAGAGAGAGCGAGAGAGAGAGAGAAAGAGAGAGGAGACUGAAUGUGAGGGAGAGAGAGACACAGCAAGACAGAGACGAGGGGGGAGAGAGAGAGAGAACGGGACGGAGACUUAAAAGAAGAGACUCUGUGUCAGAGAAAGAUUUGGAUGCAAACAGAAAGAUUGGAAGAGAAAGUGAUAUGGGGGUGGGGAUGAGAACAAGUAAGGGAGAGCCUGGAAGAGACAGAGAUUAGAGAGAAAGAGAGACAGGAGAGAGUGGAGAGAGACAAUAUAAAAGAGAAAGUGUGAGAGGAAGAAGACAUCAUCAGAGACAAAGAGACAAAAAGGGUGUGAAUGAGCAGGUGAGAACUGGGGACGAGGAGAGGCAGCACCUAAGAGACAGAGGAGGAGGGAGACUGUGGCUGGGUGUCCCAGCACCCACCCUGCCCUCUUUUGCCCUCUGUCCUUGGGACCCCGGAGCUGCUGGGUCAUCUGCAGAGUGACGCACACAGCCCCUUUCUUUCUCUCCCCAAGCCCUUGAUGGAGGAGGGCAGACCUCGGAGCAGCCUCAGCCUGGCCAGCAGCGCUUCCACCAUCUCCUCGCUUGGCAGCCUGAGUACCAAGAAGUCCACCCGGGCAGUAAGCAAGGUGCAUGCCUUUGGGAAGAGAAGCAAUGCACUCAGAAGGGAUCCCAACCUCCCUGUGCACAUCCGAGGAUGGCUUCAUAAGCAGGACAGCUCCGGGCUCCGGCUCUGGAAACGCCGCUGGUUUGUCCUCUCUGGCCAUUGCCUCUUCUAUUACAAGGACAGCCGCGAGGAGAGUGUCCUAGGAAGCGUCCUGCUCCCCAGCUACAGUAUCAGGCCAGAUGGGCCAGGAGCCCCCCGAGGACGGCGCUUCACUUUCACAGCGGAGCACCCAGGCAUGAGGACCUACGUUCUGGCGGCUGACACACUAGAGGACCUGCGGGGCUGGCUACGGGCGCUGGGCCGGGCCUCCCGCGCGGAGGGCGACGAUUGUGGGCAACCCAGGUCACCUGCAAGUCCCCAGCCUGGGGAGGGCCCUUGCGGCCCUGGUGGUCCCCCAGAGGUGAGCAGAGGGGAAGAGGGCCGAGGCUCAGAAUCGCCAGAGGUGGCUCGGCUUUCCAGGGGUCGUGGCCGACCCGGGCUGCUCGCACCCAGCCCCACGGCCGACCUGCAGUUUGGACCCCGGAUUCGGAGGACGAGGAGCCCAGAUCUGUUUACACCCCUCUCUCGCCCUCCCUCCCCUCUGAGCCUCCCCCGGCCCCGUUCUGCUCCUGCACGGAGACCCCCUCCCUCCUCUGGAGAUACAGCACCUUCUGCCAGACCGCAUACCCCACUGAGUCGCAUCGAUGUCCGGCCUCCCCUGGAUUGGGGUCCCCAGCGCCAGACCCUUUCCAGGCCCCCUACUCCCCGCCGAGGACUCUCCUCCGAAGCUGGAGGAGGAAAGCCCCCCAGAAGUCCCCAGCACUGGAGUCAGGAGACCAGAAUACCGGCCCCCUCUAGUUCCUCCACAUAUCUCCAGCUCCCCCCGAGACCUCCUGGGACCGGGGCUUCCAUGGUUUUACUGCCGGGUCCCCCACUAGACUCAACCUUCCACCAAAGCUUGGAGACAGAUACUUUGUUGACCAAGUUGUGUGGGCAGGACCGGCUCCUGAGAAGGCUGCAGGAGGAGAUAGACAGGAGGCAGGAGGAGAAGGAGCAACUAGAAGCAGCCCUGGAAUUGACCCGACAGCAGAUGGGCCAAACAACCAGGGAAGCUGCAGCUCCUGGAAGGGCCUGGGGGCGCCAGCGCCUCCUGCAGGACCGAUUAGUCAGUGUGAGGGCCACUCUUUGUCACCUGACCCAGGAGAGAGAGCGGGUUUGGGACAUGUACAGCGGCCUGGAGCAGGAGCUGGGCACCUUAAGAGAGACCCUUGAGUACCUGCUGCACCUUGGGUCCCCCCAGGACAGAGUAUCUGCUCAGCAGCAGCUGUGGAUGGUGGAAGACACAAUGGCAGGUCUGGGAGGCCCCCAGAAACCACCUCCCCACACUGAGCCUGACUCCCCAUCCCCUGCACUCCAAGGCGAGGAGUCCUCAGAGAGGGAGAGCCUGCCUGAGUCCUUAGAACUGAGCUCACCUCGAUCCCCCGAGGCUGACUGGGGGCGGCCCCCAGGAGGCGACAGAGAGCUCGUCAGUCCUCGCUCAGGUCUUGGAUCUCCAAGGGUCUCCCGGGCUUCCAGCCCUGAGGGUCGCCGCCCCCCUUCCCCACAGCCAGGAACCAAGGUCCCCCUGGCCCGGCCCCGGAUGAGUGCUCAGGAGCAGCUGGAGAGAAUCCGCAGAAACCAGGAAUGUGGACGGCCUCUCCCCCGCCCGGCCUCCCCCCGGCUCUUCACCCUGGGGAGGACACUAUCCCCAGCCCGACGCCAGCCUGACGCAGAACCAAAACCUGUCCUGGGACACUCAGUCGCCCAGAAAUGGCUCAGAAGCUCCGGGUCCUGGAGCAGCCCGAGGAACACCAUCCCUUAUUUGCCGACAUCCGAAGGUCACCGCGAGCGAGUUCUCAGUCUCUCUCAAGCCCUGGCCACUGAGGCGUCACAGUGGCACAGAAUGAUGACAAGUGGAAAUGUGGACUCUCGAAAAGACCCUCUUCCCCCUGCGCCGCCGCCUCCGUCAGACCCCACGCUCCAGAUGUCCUCGCCCCCAAGAUCUCCUCCAGUGACCGAUUUCCGCUCCACGAGGUUCUCCCGGGGAGGUGGUGGGCGCGAUGCAGGCCCCACCUCCUGGGAGGCCAACUGGGAUUCCGGGGCCGCCCCUCCCGCCUUAACCCAAGACGAGGGGGCGUGGCCUCUGCGAGUCACUCUGCUGCAGUCCAGCUUCUGACCCACCCAAACGCGACAGCCAAUCAGAGCGUGAGGGCGUGGCCUGACGGUACCGCCCCGAGAUCUGGACCGCCUCCCCGCACCUCCGGGAGUGAUCUGGUCCCAUGACCUAGAAGGGAAGUAGUUUCUGUGGCCAAAGUUUGGUUUUCCCAACACUUGUCCAAAUUUGAAUUAAAAUUUAGAAACUUUAGUCAAUAA